CCGAUGUCACGAGCCUCCGGCCCAGCCAAUCAGGAGCUUGGCGUAUUUUACAAACGGAGAAAGUGGCCGCCGCCGAAGCCGAGGAGAGUCCGGGCAAGCGGCGCGCCAGGCGGUCCUGGGAAGGCUCCACUGUAGCCAUCAUGACCACCCUCCACGCCUCCAAGGAUCCCCUCCCCCGGGGUGUGUCUCCCACCCCUAGCAAGAUUCCCGUGCGCUGUCAGAGGCGCCCACCUUUCCCCACAGUCAAAGCACGCGCCCCGGACCAGGAGAACCAAGAUCCGAGGGGAGCGAUGCAGAAGCCACUGCUCACCCUUCAGCGCCCUCUCCAGCGCGACUCCCCAGGCCCCCGGUUGAAAGCCAAGCAGCAGACCAAGAAAGCACAGUGCUCGGAGGGCAUCACUCCGGCCCGGACCACUCUGGAGGAGCUGAGGCCUGACACUGGGAGACAAAAUGUGGGGCCUGGGCUGCCUCCCCAUACAGAGGCUCCAGCAGCUGUAGAGUUUGUAGCUGAUCCUGUAGCCCUGGCCACCAUCCUGUCAGGUGAGGGGGUGAAGAAUGAUUUUCUGGGGUGCCACUCCGGUCUGGCUAGGAGAGUCCUGAUUCAAGGCAGCAAGGGCAGCACCUCCCAGAGGGCCCAGGGUGCUCGGGCCUCUGCGUAUCUGGCUCCCAGAACCCCCAUCCACCCACUGGAUCCUGCCAGGGCUUCCUGCUUCUCAAGGCUGGAGGGCCCAGGACCCCGAGGCCGGAUUGUGUAUCCCCAGAGGCUGGAGGCUGUGCAGGCUCAGCUGGCAGGACCCUCCUUGCCCUUCUCUGCCACCCGCCCCAACUUCCAGGAACUAAGACAAUUGGCAGGUGGUAACAGCCGGAGUACGGCGAGCCAGGCUUCUGAACUGCUUCUAGAGACCCCGGCCCAGCCUGGAGAGCAUGAGGUUGCCCCUCACUCAGAUGAAGGAGGAGGGGCUCCCCUUGGCCUGGCCCAGCGAGUACCCUUGAGAGAAAUCCCAGAGAUGCCACACAGCAAGGAUCGCCAAGGCUCUCACCUGAUGCCCUCCCCUGCGACCCAGCCCAUGCCCGGCCGUGUGGUGCCUCCUUCUAUCCGCCACCCGUCGCCUUUUGGGCGAGCUCAGCGCGUCCCCUCCCCUGGCGUCCCCGCAGCAGCGACAUCCUAUUCAGUAUUGCGGCGUUUCACCAUGCGACCCAAGACCCGAUUCACACCCAUCUCAUCAAAUCCCAGGGUUCAGCAGGCCCGGUGGCUGCGGGGCCUGUCCCCUCAGUCCUGCCGUGAGGACCCGGCCCUACCCUGGGGACAGAUUGCAGUGCGGUUGUUUGACCAGGAGACUCACGGUGAAGUGCAGGAGAGUCCGGGGGAAUCAUCAGUGGCCCCUCUUGGUCUCCACCCCAACGCAGCCUCCAGCCUCCAGGAGCUGAAGCUGCAGCGUAUCAGCAUCCUGCAGCAGCUGUUACGGCAGGAGGUAGAGGGGCUGGCAUGGGACAAGUGUGCCUCCCUCAAUGGUGCCCCAUCUCUGGACAUGGCUGAACUUCAGUCCCUGCUGGCUGAGAUGUCUAGAACUGUGAAAGCCGCAGAGCCUGAUUCUGGGACUGCCUGCCUUCACAGACUGUCACAACCUGCUGGGCUGCUGGAGUCUUGCCUUCUAGACAAGGGUGGGGAGGCACAGCCCUGCCUUACGGCUAUGGCUCCGGCUCCCCCAGAGUCCUGUAGCAAUGAGAUACCAGAGUCAUCUCCCCAAGAACAGCAUGGGGUGCCAGAGCCCUGCCCUGCAGCAGAGCCUGAAGACCAGCAGCCCAGCUUCCAGGGGCAGGCCAGGCACCUGGAGCCCUGCCUUGGGGUGGAGCAGAGGGCCUCCAAGGUCUGUUUCUUGCAACACAGCAGCCCAGGGUCAAGCACGCAGCCCUACUGCAACCUGGGUACCCCCGGGACCACCAGCCUGAGCUUCUCUUCCCAGCAGCCACUUUGUGCCAACCCCCCUAUCUACUCGCUCCAUUCUCCAAGGUCCCCCAUUGGCCAGGCAGGCCCCAGCAGUCUGGCGCCAAGAGCCCUGGCCCUGAGGCAGCGCCUCAAAGCCUGUCUGUCAGCCAUCCACGGCUUCCAUGAGGCCCGACUAGAUGACGAGUGUGCCUUCUACACUAGCCGGGCCCCGCCCUCCGGCACCAGCCGGGUGUGCACCAAUCCUGUGGCCACACUCCUCGAAUGGCAGGAUGCCCUGAGUUUCGUUCCAGUUGGUUCUGCUGCCCCCCAGGACUCUCCACCCUGAGCCACCCACUCCACCUCCACUCACCUUGCAUGCUCCUUCCCUUUUAGCCCUUAUUUAUUGCCUGUCCGCCUUUGGGACUGGGACCCAAAUCCCGUCUGUGCUUUAAUAAAGUUUCUAAAGUCU